AUGAUGAGGAAAUUGAGCUCGGUUGCAAUGCGGUUGGGGCGAAAUUUCACUUACACCCUUAGGGAAACUCCCACUUUGCAUGAGAGAUUGGUGUGGAGAACUAUUGAGACAAUGAAGAAAUUGGCAUUUGGAUCCUCAGGGCUUGUUUUUGGCAUUGGACUCGCGUCAAAAGUAUACGACAGUCGUUCCAAGUACGUUCUCGAAGAGGAAGAGGGAACUAGGGAACUCAUUGAGCAGACCAAGAGAAUCAUGAGCGAGCAGGCUGCUAGGCUGAAAGGGGUGGAAGAAAGGGCUGCAAGAAAGGGCUGGAAGAAAGUGAAAAGAGAAGAGCGCUGA